AUGUAUAUGCGUACGACCCAGCAUUACCACCGACGAACGUCCCUAUUGUGUUUUGACAAAACAAGACAUGUUGGAAUUGAAUCCAAAAAGAUAUUCAUAGCAUUAAAGGCAAAAGGCACAAAGUUACUUUUUGAUUUGUGGGCGCCAACUGAACAAGAACUUGCAACCUGUCUCCAUGUCAAUAUGACGAGCAAGGUGCCGUGGAACCCAGGAACUGUCCAGCUUGGUAAGGUCUCCGCAGCCUACGAAGACACUGAGGACCAUGUAGACAAUCCAAGAUCCAACCAGGCAGAACUGAGACACUUAGAUCCCAUAAUGCAAGGGAUGAACGAAUGGCGCACUGUCCAAACCGCGAUUGCCAAUGGGGAAAGAUUCUUGCAACAAAUGGCAUAA